AUGAACACUGAAGAUGGGCACAAGUUGUGGUACAGCGGUGAUGAGAAGAAACAUAUAAGAGGCGUGGGAGUUCUGGUUGAAAAAGAAACAGCAAAGUCAGUGAUCGAAUUCACACCCGUUUCUGACAGAAUAAUUACAAUCAGACCAAAAAGGAAGCCCCGCAAUAUGACAGUCAUUCAAAUAUAUGCACCAACAUCAAACAGUGAUGACGAAGAGAUUGAACAGUUCUACCAAGAUCUAGAACAAACCAUCAAUGACAAAGCAAAGAAAGAUAUUCUUGUAAUAAUGUAUUGGAAUGCUAAAAUCGGCUAUAAAGAAAGCACCGGAUGGGAAGGAACUAUUGGAGAUUUUGGAGUGGGAAAAACUAAUGAUAUAGUUAUGAUGACAUUUAGAAUGCGACUCUCAAAGGAGAAGAAGGUUUCACACAGACGCGCAAAGUUUGACCUGGAAAAGCUGAAAAACAGAGAAUUAGCAGAAAAAUACAGAACAAAUGAGAUUUUAGGAAAAGCCAAACCAAUUAAAAGACCAUGGGUGACGCCAGAAAUCCUACAAAAGUGCGAAGAAACAAGAGAACGUAAGAAGAAUAGAUUUACCAACAAUGAAAAUCUGGACCAGUAUAGAAAGUUAAACAAGGAGGUGGAAAGAGCUAUCAUUAAAGCAAAAGAUGAAUGGGUUGAAAAGCAAGCUGAAGAUAUUGAACAAAGCUUAGCAGUAAACAAUUCUAGAAAAGCCUACAAUGUAAUAAAGAGCUUAACAAGGGAGAAGUCAGGAAGAACAAAUGCAAUAGAGGAUAAAACUGGUCAGCUGUUAACAAAUAACACCGAAGUGACAGCUCGAUGGAAAGAAUACUGCCGCGAGUUGUACCAACAUCAAGCAGACGUUGAUAGAACACUAUUAGCAGAGGCUACAUCAGAGGGAGAAAUAGAACAAGACAUCUUAGAAUCAGAAGUAAGGGCAGCGAUAAUAAAGUUGAAAAUGAAUAAAGCACCUGGAUUUGACAACCUUCCAGCAGAAUUAAUUAAGUGUGGUGGAGAUCCAACUGUCAAAACCCUACAUCUUCUGUGCAACCGAAUACUCCAAACUAGUAAAUGGCCUACACAAUGGACUCAGUCCAUCCUCAUUCCCAUCCCAAAGAAGAAAAUGAGCAAAAAAUGUAGUGAACACCGCACAGUUAGCCUUAUAAGUCACCCUAGCAAAGUCUUACUUACCAUCAUCCUAAAUAGAAUAAAACCGGGAAUCGAAGAAAUUCUAGAUGAAUCACAAGCUGGCUUCAGAAAAGACCGAAGCACAGUGAAACAGAUUUCAAAUCUAAGGCUUCUUUGUGAAAGCCAGAGAAACCACCAGAAGAAUGUUUUCCAUAACUUUAUCGACUUUAAAAAAAAACAUUCGAUAGAGUAUGGCACGAAGCGCUAUGGCAUUCAAUGGCCAAGAGGUAUAAAGUGUACAGGACGUGUAGUUAACAACUUAAUAUUUGCUGAUGAUAUAAACUUGAUAGCGGAAAAUGCAGAAGAAUUAGCCGAAAUAACAAAACAACUGGAUGAAACCUUACACAGCGGUGCUUAUAUUCCUGAGAUAUAUCUGGCAUUACUUGGCAUGAUUAUAUUUAUAUUUGCGCAUAUUAACAUUUUCUCCAAACAAAUGUGGAUCAACUAG